CGGACAUGCCGCCGCCCGGCCCCGGCAGCAGCGGCGGUGCGGGGCUCGUGGGGCCGGGCAGGGCGCAGGCGCGCCCCGCGCGGAGCCCGCAGUGCCGGAGCGCGGUGCGCGGCACAGCCCCAGCCCCAGCCCCAGCCCCAGCCCGAGCGCCUCUACCAUGAGCUGCCGCGUCCUCCGCAGCGCUCCUCACCGGCACCGGGCGCCACACACCCGCCGAGCCCCCUCCCGCCGGCCGCUCCCGGGCCCCGCUCCGCACGCGCAGGAUGCCGGGCGGCAAGCGCGGGCUCGUGGCGCCGCAGAACACCUUCCUGGAGAACAUCGUGCGGCGCUCCAGCGAAUCAAGUUUUUUACUGGGAAAUGCCCAGAUUGUGGAUUGGCCUGUAGUUUAUAGUAAUGACGGUUUCUGUAAACUCUCUGGAUAUCAUCGAGCUGACGUGAUGCAGAAAAGUAGUACUUGCAGUUUUAUGUACGGGGAACUGACAGACAAGAAGACAAUUGAAAAAGUGAGACAGACUUUUGACAACUAUGAGUCAAACUGCUUUGAAAUUCUCCUGUACAAGAAAAACAGAACCCCAGUUUGGUUCUAUAUGCAGAUUGCGCCCAUAAGAAAUGAACACGAAAAAGUUGUUUUAUUCCUGUGCACUUUUAAAGACAUCACUUUGUUCAAGCAACCUAUUGAAGAUGAUUCAACUAAAGGUUGGACAAAGUUUGCUCGGUUGACAAGAGCUUUAACGAACAGCCGGAGUGUUUUGCAGCAGCUAACGCCAAUGAACAAAGCUGAGGUGGUGCACAAACAUUCAAGAUUAGCUGAGGUUCUCCAGCUUGGAUCUGAUAUUCUUCCUCAGUAUAAACAAGAAGCUCCAAAGACUCCCCCCCACAUUAUUUUACAUUAUUGUGCUUUUAAGACCACCUGGGACUGGGUCAUCUUAAUUCUAACCUUCUAUACAGCAAUUAUGGUUCCUUACAAUGUCUCCUUCAAAACAAAGCAGAACAACAUCGCCUGGCUGGUACUGGACAGCGUGGUGGAUGUUAUUUUUCUGGUUGACAUUGUUUUAAACUUUCAUACAACCUUUGUUGGCCCUGGCGGAGAGGUUAUAUCUGAUCCCAAACUCAUAAGGAUGAACUACCUGAAAACGUGGUUUGUGAUAGACCUUCUGUCCUGUUUACCUUACGAUAUCAUCAAUGCCUUUGAGAAUGUGGAUGAGGGGAUCAGCAGCCUCUUCAGUUCCUUGAAAGUGGUGCGUCUUCUACGACUUGGUCGUGUUGCCAGGAAAUUGGACCAUUAUCUAGAAUAUGGUGCUGCAGUACUGGUGCUGUUGGUCUGUGUAUUUGGACUAGUGGCCCACUGGCUAGCCUGUAUAUGGUACAGCAUUGGGGAUUAUGAGGUGAUCGAUGAAGUCACUAAUACAAUCAAAACAGAUAGCUGGCUCUACCAGUUGGCAUUGAGUAUCGGGACCCCAUAUCGGUACAACACUACUGGCUCAGGGCAGUGGGAAGGAGGACCCAGUAAAGACUCAUUGUACAUAUCCUCUCUCUACUUUACCAUGACAAGCCUUACAACAAUAGGAUUUGGAAACAUUGCUCCUACCACUGAUGGAGAGAAGAUUUUUUCAGUAGCCAUGAUGAUGGUUGGCUCUCUUCUAUAUGCAACAAUUUUUGGAAAUGUCACCACCAUUUUCCAGCAAAUGUAUGCUAACACCAACCGAUACCAUGAGAUGCUGAACAAUGUGAGGGAUUUCCUAAAAUUAUAUCAAGUCCCAAAAGGCCUUAGUGAACGAGUCAUGGAUUACAUUGUCUCAACGUGGUCCAUGUCUAAAGGGAUCGACACAGAAAAGGUCCUUUCCAUUUGCCCCAAAGACAUGAGAGCAGAUAUCUGCGUACAUCUGAAUCGGAAGGUUUUUAACGAGCACCCUGCCUUUCGACUGGCUAGUGACGGCUGUCUGCGGGCCUUGGCUGUGGAGUUUCAGACUAUACACUGUGCUCCAGGAGACCUCAUCUACCAUGCUGGUGAAAGUGUGGAUGCUCUGUGCUUUGUGGUGUCAGGAUCCCUAGAAGUCAUACAGGAUGAUGAGGUGGUGGCUAUUUUAGGUAAAGGCGAUGUGUUUGGUGACAUCUUCUGGAAGGAAACUACACUGGCUCACGCCUGUGCCAAUGUACGGGCACUGACUUACUGCGAUUUACAUAUUAUUAAGCGGGAAGCUUUGCUUAAAGUUUUGGACUUUUACACGGCUUUUGCAAACUCCUUUUCGAGGAAUCUCACUCUCACCUGCAAUUUGAGGAAACGGAUUAUCUUCCGGAAAAUCAGUGAUGUCAAGAAGGAAGAAGAGGAGCGCCUACGUCAGAAGAACGAAGUAACGCUGAGCAUCCCUGUGGACCACCCUGUGAGAAAGCUCUUCCAGAAGUUCAAGCAGCAGAAGGAAAUGCGGAACCAAGGCUCAACGCACAUUGAUGCAGAGAGGAACCAGCUCCAAGUGGAGAGCCGUGCCAUGCAGAAUGGGGCUGCCAUCACUGGCACCAGCGUGAUCACGGUGUCUCAGAUCACACCCAUCCAGACAUCCUUGACGUACGUGAAAACCAGCGAGGCGGUUAAGCAGAACAACCGGGAUGCAAUGGAGCUCAAGCCAAAUGGCAACAGUGACCAAAAAUGUCUCAAAGUGAACAGUCCCAUGAGGAUGAAAAAUGGGAACGGGAAAGGGUGGCUCCGACUAAAGAACAAUAUGGGAACCCAUGAGGAGAAAAAGGAAGACUGGAAUAAUGUCACAAAGGCCGAGUCGAUGGGGUUAUUGUCCGAGGACCCCAAGAGCAAUGACUCGGAGAACGGGGUGACUAAAAACCCCUUGAGGAAAACAGACUCUUGUGACAGUGGAAUCACAAAAAGUGACCUUCGUUUGGAUAAAGCUGGUGAAACUCGCAGCCCUCUGGAACACAGCCCUAUUCAAGCUGAUGCAAAACACCCCUUUUACCCCAUUCCUGAGCAGGCCUUACAAACCACACUCCAGGAAGUCAAACACGAACUCAAAGAAGAUAUCCAGCUGCUAAGCAGCAGGAUGGCUGCCCUUGAGAAACAGGUGGCAGAGAUUUUAAAAAUACUGUCCGAAAAGAGCGUGUCCCGAAGCUCUUCCCCCAAGUUCCAUUUAUCACCCGAGCUCCCGCCGCAAAUCCCCUGUCAGGAUAUUUUUAGUGUGUCGAGGCCUGAAUCACCAGAAUCAGAAAAAGAUGAAAUCCACUUAUAACAUAUACCUAUGUGUAUAUAUGUAUACAGUAUAUAUGCAGGAGUGUAUAUAUACCCUUAUACAUAUAUAUGUGUGUGUGUAUGUGUGUGUGUGUGUGUGUACAGUAAAUAUACAUACAUAUAUAUUUUCACGUGCAUCCAAUAUGACUUGAACACAACAAGGAUUUUGAUAUGUAAAUAUUGCAUGUCCAGCUGGAUUCUGGCCUGCCAAAGAAAACAAUUAUUAACAUAGAUAUUGCUUGUAUAAUAUGCAGUUGACUGCAUGCACACUUUACAUUUAUUUAUAACCUCUAUUAUGUAAUAAAAGGAUGACUUUUGUUUAACCAAGGCAAUGUACUAUUUAAAGAAUCAGGGUCCAACCUGCCAAUAUUGCCAUGACAGUUUUGCUCUCAGGCUGGGUGAAUUGAACUUUUUUUUCCUCCUUAUUUGUCCUUUCUGCAGAGUUAAACAAUAGAGUAACUUCAUGUGGAAGACGUGUUCGCUCUUCAACUAGAACUAUUUCCAGGUGUUGUUUCAUUAUGAUAUCAUGUAUAUUUACGAUAGAUUUUUCUCCCUUUAAAGAGGAGGAUUCAUCUGAGUUUAAAGGGACAGUAUUUUUAACCAGCAUCAGGUGAUAGUCUAGACUGUGAGAACUUAUUUUGGUGGGUAUUCUGCAUGCACUGCAUUUCAUCCCAACUACCCUCCUGCUCUUCUAAUGUUAUAUUUAAGGGACAAUAAUAAUGAUUAUUUAUGUAAAAAGAAACAAAACAAAACACCUCACAUGUAGUCCCUGUAUAUUUUGGGGGAAAUGAACUCUUUCUUGAAAGCCUCCUUUUAUCGACACCAUUCAUACUUAACUCUUAGAAUAAUAAUUAUGUAGAUUCGGGUAGUUACACUCAGCUGCGGUGUCUGAGUCUGUCAGUGUCUUUGUUAUAAACUCCAAUUUUUCAGGGGUUUAUUGUAGUUCCCCCCCAAAAUUGCUCCUGGCUGAGGCUUUUUACACAACUUCUCAGCAAGGGUAAAUGAAAUCUUAGCUCAGCUCCUUGUGAGCUGUACAAGUGGUUUUCAAAGCCUGAAGUUAAAUGAUUGCAAGGGAUUUUUUGCACUUUUCCUAGGAUGUUUAUAACUCUGACAUUUCCAGUGGCAAGAAAAACGAUCAGGUGAUAUAUUUGUUAAGAGGUUGCUCCACCGACAUAGAGCCUGGGUGAUUGGGCUGUGGGUGGGGCAGGUGAAAUCCAGUCUUAAUGGCUGCUGCAAAUGAUUUUGAACUAUGGGACUCUUUCAGUUAAUUUUUGGUCAGGCUUCAGGUAUACAGCUGUGGUCCCCCAGACAACCAGUUGCAAAGUGUACUGGGGCCAUUAGAUCUGUGUUAAUACGGAUCCUACAUUCUCUCUCCUAGCUUACUCCCCUUGGCACCCUCUUCGCCCCAUCUGCCACACAUCUGAUUGCUUAACCUCCAGCACCAUCCUUGUCCGCUGUCAGUGUGAGAGCAGGGCUAUAGUCAGGAGGGAUCUUGUCUUGGCUCUUUACAGCCCAGGUGAAUUCUACUCUGCCUGCCUAUGUGGUUUGCAGAUAAGCCCUCUCUCCUACUCACAAGACUUCCAGAUCUGUUUGGGCCUGAUCCUCAGCUAGCAGUAAUUGGCAGUGCACUAUUAUCUCUAAUGGAGCUACACUAAUUUACACCAGCUGCAGAUAUUGCUCCUUUACAGAGCCUUCCCUCACUCUUGCACCCAUCAGAACUGUCCUUAGACUCUCGAGAACAGAUGCUCUUGCUGAACUAGACCAGGGGCGGGCAAUUAUUUUGGGCAGAGGGCCGCUUACUGAGUUUUGGCAAGCUAUUGAGGGCCACAUGACAGGCAUCCCAGGGCAGAUAAAUAUUAAUUCUUUAAAUUUUUUAGGGGCCCUGCGGAUCGGAUAGAAUGGCCUGGCCGACUGCAUCCGGCUCCCGGGCCGCAUUUUGCCCACCCCUGGACUAGACUGACACACUAGACCAUAAUGACUCCAUCAGGGAAGGGUUUCCACAUUGUGCUUUUAUGACCUUUCGUGUCACAAUCCCACCUUUUAGAAAGUGCCUGUAGUAGAAAAGAAGCUGUUUUAAUCAGCCAGGUGAAUAACACUCAUUUUAUGAUUAUGAGGCAACCUUAUCAAACCAACCAGCAGAGCCAUUGCUUUGUAUUGGGUAACUUCAAAAAAACUCUCUUGCAAAUUAUGCAUUUUACUACGUUGGAAGCAUGAAGUGUGGUACGCAGGGCUCUUCACAUAAGAGCUGAGUAAUUCCACAAAAGAGCAUCACAAACCCAAAGAGGUCCUUGCAUCUGUUGUUUCAAUCCCUGUGGGCUUUUAAGGCACAUUUUUCUUAUCUUUGCUUUUUCUUUUCCCAUCAAAUCCCCUAUUUCAGGGAAUUCAUGGAGAAAGGGGGGGAACCAGAUCCAACUGAUGGGGCAAGAAAGAAGGGACAAUUUAUUUUGGAUGCUGCCCGAGGUGCCUGGCUCUUUUUGCCCAUUUCACCCUUGCUUUGUGGGGGCUUUGGCUUGCAUUGGCAAACAUUUGCCGCUCCCUUUUGCCUUCGCCGUUCAGUGGCAGGUCCAAGGCAGGUAGCUUGGAGGCCCAAGUACUCACUGCUCAUUUUGCAGGGACAAGUUGCACUUGCAAAUGGAGGCCAGGCAUAAGGCCACUAGAAAGUCCACAUUUCAGGAAGCGUGGCAUUUAUUCCGGCAUCUGGCACAAGCACAAAUAUUGUGGGUACAAUUGAAGCACCAGGCUUUUAAACCUGAUGUCUGGCUUCAGUCUCUGACAUGCAGCAACUGAUUUUCCUGUAUCCAUCGACAAUGUGCCUAGCUGUUGCAAGUGUCGAGAGACUGACUAUGUUUGAUCUCACCUGGCAUCCCAUCGGUUAUGGUGCAACUUCAUCUCCCCAUUCCUGACUGCAGCUGAGCCAACGUGGUUUUGCUGUGUAGGAAUGACUGGCGAUUCCAGGGGACAGGGUACCAUGUAUAUACCACUGCUCAGCUCAGGGGGGAGGGAAGGGGUGGGUGGCUGAACUUCAGCAUAGAGGACGGAGUGGGAAAAGCCUGGUUGCUGGCUACUUCCCAAGGGCUCCUUGCCUCACAGGGUGUGGGGCAACAGUUCCUAAAUGAAGGGUCGUGGAAUGUAAGAGUGGGGUUUUUAGUCCCACUGCAAUUCAGUUUAUAGCACAUGGGCUCACACCCAAGGCAGGGUUGUGAGCCAACUGAAAGUGGAGACACCAGUCCAGAGGUGGGCUCAACCACUCAAAAAGCUUGGGAGCUGUUGGGGUAGAAGCUACUGCAGAUCCAAAGCUGCAGAAUUAGCCCAAAAAAGAGGAUUCUUCCCCUGCUCUCUUUAUACAACCUCCCCAUUACUCGCUGGGGACUGGAUUUUGAUUCAUUGCUAUUAGCAGCUAAUUCCAUGAAUGCAUGGAAUAUGCCUCCAAGUUAUGCUGCAGCACAUACAAUAGGCAUAACAGGAUAAGUUAGUUAAAAAACAUUAGCCUUAACUGUGAAUUCCUUUGCCUUUUGUGGGGGGAUUUAGUUCUUUCUCUAUAGCUGAUACUAAUGCAAAGUAGAACUGCAUGGCAUGCUAAGGGUUUUUUUGUUUUGUUUUUUCAUGGCUUUUUUAAAGUCACAAAUUAGGUGUAACUUCAUGCCACUUUACAAUGAGAGAACAUGUAACGAAACUAAUCCAACCUUGAAUAUUAUUUGAGCCAGCAGUAUCAAUUACAGUUCAGGUACAAUGCUACUGGUUAAAAUGCAUAUUGGCCAAAAGCUAUUUAUGCUAUGAAAUAGCAAGUUGACAAAGCAAAGUGUUUCUAGGUUGAGUGUCAAUACUUGUGCCUGCUAAUCUUUCUCUACAAUGUUCCGAAGUCAUUCAUUGCGAAGAUCCAUUGUAUUAGUUCAUACCUGUAAAAGGUCGUAUUUACAGGGCCAAAUUUUCAAUAGGGGUACAAUGGCUGUUCUUGCAAAAUGGUAACUGGAGCAUGCAAAGUAGAUAUAUCGGCCUUUGUUGAUUUGCUAGCACAAGGGUGUUUGAAUGCACAUUUUGCAGAUGCAACCCUUAUGUCUACAGUUCUGAAAAUUAGGCUAAUAUAUAUUUUAAGUGCUUUGCCUUUACUUUAAAAUGACAGAGCAUUACAUGUUGUUUCAUGGAGUAGCUACGGGAUCAUUUGUUUUGCUUCCCAGCCCCUUCCUUCCUAUGUUUGCAUGAUGUGGUUGGCUGUGCUGCUGAAGAGAGUAUAUACCUUUUUCGUUAGAGAAGCAUGAGUUCAGUGAACACUGUAAAUAUCAGUCUCGUUUUUCAAGCAGGGCAAUAUUUGCCGAAAUAUAACAGUCUAAUUCAAACUUGCCUAAAAGUGAACACCUACGUUAAUACGUGCAAUAAUUAAACAAAUAAACAAACAAACAAAGAAGUCUGUUUUGCCUAAAUCAGCACUCAAGUAGUUCAUAUCCCAUUUUGGGGAAGCACUCAGCUGCAUGCUUUCAGAUUCUUUUUUGAGAGCUGUAUAAAUGUACAUAUGUUCAUGCUGCAGACGAGUAAUAGCUAUAAUUCUUAGCACUUUCCUUGCGCUUUACAUAUUCAAAGCGCUUUACUAACACAUAAGUGGAUUUUAUCUUUCUGGAUAAGAUACCAAUAGAAAUAAAGAGUGUACAGAAAAGAAAGCACUUUCCAAAGUAAAUGAAAUACCUUGAAUAAUAUUUUUGCAUAAUAUUAUAUAUAUAGAUAUAUAUAUAUAUAGAUAUAUAUAUGGUCUGAAUAGAAGUAUAAUAUCACAUCAUGGUAAUAGCUCAAAAACUUUGAGUAAUUAACCCAGUAAAGACUUGGUCAUGACAUAUCCCUGAUUAUACUGAUUUCUUAUUUGUAAAUUUGUAAGAAUUUUUUUUUUUAACUGAGGGUUCGGGAUUAGAGUAUAACUGAUUAUUUUGGAGACAAAUAAAUAAACUUUUACUAUC